AUGUUCCAGACCGUGACGAGCGGCUUGUUGACCACAAAAUCGGAGCUUGCGAUACCCUUCCUUCUCUGUGCCGGUGCCGUCGACCAGGUCUCUAAAUGUAACUUCCUCAUUAUCUGCACCCCAGGGUGGAGGCUCGCCGAUAUGCUCAUCGCGGAAUGCCAGACGGCAUCGGGCCCCAAAGGCGCAGACAGCCCGCGCAACGAAGCAACCGCCCAUGCGACCUUUGCCGACGCCGCAAGACGCGAUGCAUCAUCGACAAUGGGCAAGUUAGCUGCAGCCUGUGUCGGCAAAGAAACAAUGAAUGCACUUUCAAAGAAGAGCCUCCAAGGAGAAUGGUCGCUGGCCUCUCCAUCGCCCCAUGACGUACUGAACUCUCAGCAAUUCAUAGUGGACAAUGGAAUCAUCGCAGCGAAUUCAAACCCUACACAUGAGGACCAGCAUAUGUACGUCGGCCACAUCGAAGGAAAUCCUGCUUCUCAGCGCCCUACAUGGAGUGAAGAUGCUCUCGGUUUGAAUCGCAGCAAGUUUGCAGAACUUUAUGGACUUGGUAGUGACAUGGAACCCAUAUUGAUGCGGCAUCGUCCAUACGAUCCGAUCAAUAACGAAUACUCGCUUCCAACUCACGCCAUCCGACUUGUGUCGCCUCAAGACCAAGGGGUGAACUAUCCGGUUACCUUUCACAUGGUCAGUGAUCAAAAGUCUGUAGAUUUUUUGUCCAACUACAAUCGGGUAGAUGAUAUCGAAACCUGUAUUAAGCCGCACGGUGAGAAGCUUCUUCGAUUGUUCUGGAGGAUGGUACAUCCUAUAUACCCCAUUCUCUACAGAGAGGGCUUUAUGAACCGAUACGAAGGAUCAUACCGACAAAUUGAUGCGCCUCUACUCGGAGCGGUCUACCUGAUGGCUAUUAACUGGUGGCACUAUGACCCACAGCUUUCCAAUCAAGCGAUCGUGGAUGUUAACAAGCUGAGAAGAAUGACGUUGGACGCCAUACAAAGCUCAUAUCAUCAACCUAGACUCUCUUCCAUUGAAGCUAUGCUGCUAUUCCUGCAGUGCAAGCCAGAAGACCCGCUGAAUCCAGACCACUCGUUCGCUUGGGGUCUUACGGGCCAAGCUCUGGCAGUAGGAGAAGCUCUAGGAUUGCACCUCGAUGCAACACGGUGGCUGAUCCCAGCAUGGGAGCAAUCGCUCCGGAAGCGACUUAGCUGGGGUCUGUACAUGCAAGAUGUCUGGACAGCCUUGGCGCACGGCCGCCCGCUUCAUAUACACGAGGACGAUUGGGCAGUCGAAGAUCUUGCUGGGCAUGAUUUUGUCGAAGAUGACUGGACUGUUGAAAGAAACUUCUUUAUAUGUAUGACAAGCCUCACUAGGAUACUAUACGACAUCCUGAAGCAGUUGUACAGCGUGAAGAACAGCACUCUUCAGGACACAAUCCAGCUCUACACAAAGGCACAACCAAUGCUUGCGGCUCUCGAAGUCUGGCGUGACACCCUCCCGCCUCAUCUUGAUAUGGCUUCUAUACCUUCAAGGCAACUCUGCGCCAACGGAAACAUUCAUCUCGCAUUUUAUGCUGCCAAGAUCAGCAUCCUUCGGCGCCUCGUGAGAUCGACUGCGCUCGCACCACUAUGCAUCGACGUCGAUGUCCUCAGUGCAAUCAGACAAUUGGCCCACGCCACUACCCAACAGGCCAUAGAACUAGUCGCAUCAUUACGUCUCGAACACUUAGAGGCAUUCUGGUUCUUUGCCACGCCAUACUUCUUAUCCGUGAUCGGAUCCUUUUGUACGUUGCUGCUCGUCACAAGUUUGACGUCCGCAGAGCGUGAUCACUGGCGAGAACGAUUGCGCUCCUACUUGUGGGUUCUCAGGGUCGGGAGCAAGUCAAAUGAGCCCAUGCGGUAUGCGGUCAAUCGGCUAGAAGGAGCUAUCCUUCGUGGACUCGAGCAUGCUCUUGCUGUUCCUAUCGAUGCACCGUCGCCCACCUUGCCCGAAACGCUCUCCUCAAAUUUCGAAGCGGAUAUGAACGGAUUUGGUUUCAGUACUUCUGAGAUUAAUGGUGUUGACAUCUCAACCAUGGAGCUAGAUGCAUUCGACUUUCUGAGCAAUACGGCUCUCUAA